AUGACAAAGUUGAAACCAUUGACAUUGUUCAUUUUCAUGUUGUGCACUAUCCAACCAAACAAUGCCUAUAAUUUAAUAGAAGAAACUUGCAAAAGAACUUCAAAUAAUGCCCAAUGCCUCCAAUACCUGAAAUCUGAUCCCAAAAGCCCUGCUGCAUCUCUGAAUGGUUUAGCAGUAAUCAUGUUUAAUAAUAUAAUGAAAAACAAAGCGUUGAACACCAUAACCAAAAUCGAAAAACUUCUUGCAGGGAAGGAUUUUCCUCCUGGCACUCGUGCAUAUGACUCACUUAAGAUAUGUGCUAAUUUAUACAAAGAAAUUGCAACAUCUAAUGUUGAGAGAGGCGCCAAAGGAUCUGUGCUAGGAGAAGAUCCAGAAGUUGCAAUAGAUGCUGCAAAUGAUGUUGUAAUGAAAGCUAAUCAAUGUGAGAAUAACUUUCAUGGCAGAAAAAUCGAUAACCAGCCAACACCCGUCACUGAUAACAACAAUGAAAUCAUACUCGUAGCAACCAUAGCAGGAGAUAUUGUUAAAUUGUUCAGACAAACUGGCUAG